CAGCAGCAGUUCACUGGAGUAAGGGGGGGCUCCACGAGCGUUCGCUAAACUCUUCGCAACCGAACGCCUGUUUGACUGAGCGGACACGAUGGGAAAUGCUGCGUCUGGCCUACCCUUCGUCGUGGGCGAGGAGGUCGACUCCUACCCGGAGAGCCCGGAGACAUGCUCGUGGCGCAUGCACAGCGGGACCAAGCGGGCCGGCGGGGGCAGCGUGUCGAUAUUCCGGCUGGACCUGAAGACGUGCCCGCCCAUAGCGAGGGUGUCGGGUCAAGAAGGCAUGAAGAGCCUCCGGACGCUGAGGCACCCACACGUGCUCGCCUGCCUCGACUCGGUGCAGCUGGAGACGGAGUACGUGAUCGCCACGGAGGAAGUUAUCCCGCUCAUGCGCUGGGUUCGCGAAUGCUGCGAGCCGGGCAAGAAGGACGAGCAGGUGGCUUGGGGGAUGCACUGCCUUUGCAGCGCCCUCAAAUUCCUACACGAGGACUGCAAGUUCUACCACAAUAACAUCAGCACCGACACUGUCUUCGUCACGAGCGGCGGUGACUGGAAACUUGGGGGGAUGGAUCUUUUGUCCCCGCUUGGAGGGAAGGACUACUCCAUCGCCGAGAGGCGGGGGCUGCAGCCUCGACACUUUCAGUCUGCGGAGAGGAACAAUGACGACUGGUGGCGGUAUUCGCCGACGUUGGAUGGAGGAGGGGUCCACAUGCCCAUCCACUGCAUGGAUGUCUAUGCCCUCGGCCGCCUGCUGGAGCGAGUUUAUCCCGAGGGGACCCCGUCAGGGUUAGACAGGUACGUUGGCAAGAUGCUGCUUCCAGAGCCGACGAAGAGACCAACGGCAUCCCAAUACCUUCGGUGCGCCUUUCUCAGGAAGCAGACCGUCAAGGAUCUCACGGCGUUAGAGGAGAGCAAUUUCCCCUUCCUUUUACCAAAACCCAUUUGCCCCGCUUUGCUUCAACGCCCCUCCACGUAUGAAAAGAUUUCGAAGGAGAUGCCCGACGAAGACUUCCGCUCGACCAUCCAGCCAACCAUCGCCCGUCUCUUCGCCGUAAACGAUCGAGGAGUACGGGUCAUGCUCCUCACCAGCAUACCGUCCUACGGGAAACGGCUAGAGGAUGCCGUAGUCAACGACCAGGUGUUCGAACCGCUGUGUGCGGGUUUUACGGACGCGGCCGCUCCGCUUCGUGAGCUGACGCUGAAGAGCAUGGUGGCGUUCACGCAGCAGCUGUCGGAGAAGAAUAUGAACGACAAGCUCAUCAAGCACCUGGCAAGGCUGCAGGGUGACGCGGAAGACUCCAUCCGUACAAACGCGAUUAUUUUCCUGGGUAAGGUGGCGGCGCAGCUGAGCCCGGCCGUAAGGGACAAGGUGCUGCUGCCGGCGUUUGCCAGGGGGGUGAAGGAUCCGUUCGUGGCGACGAGGCUGGCAGGGCUCAGGGCUACGGCGGCUUGCCACCAGCACUUUCGGGCGGAGGAGGUCUGCGCCAAGGUGCUCCCGACGGUGAUGCUGUGCCUCAUAGACCCGGGGUCAGAGGCGGUACGGGCGGCCGCCUUCGCGUGCGUUGACACGUAUCUGUCCAAGCUUCGAGAGGUCUCGGAGAGGAUGAAGGUGGAGGAGGAGGAGCGAAGAAGGAUUGAGGCAGAGGAGAAAGCGGCCGAGCUCGCGGCUCACGGCGUCAGCGGCGGCGGCGGAGGGAACGCGGCAGCGGGUGGUGGUAGUCUCGGAGGGGGCUCCGCGGCAUCAUCUUCGGCGGGGGCUGCGAAGAGGACCUCCGCUGGGUCUGAAUGGGGGAGCUGGGCGCUGGGAAAGCUCUCCGAGACUCUCGCUAGCUCGGCCCUCCCCAGCAGCGGACCCGUCGGGGCGGCAGGGGGUGGUGCCGACACCAUGAGCAACAGCAACAGCAGCACCUCGUUGGCAUCGGCGGCGAUGUCUCCGCCCCCUUCGGUAUCGUCGUUGGGGGUGCCGAGACACCACACCACGGCCCUAGGCCUUAACCUCAAUGGCGCCGGCAACGUGUCGGCAAGCAUUCCCGGUUCGGUGGCGUCGGCGGUGGCGGCGGGUCUCCCUGUCGGCGGAGGAGGCGGUGCGGGCGGGAAGGGGAUGUUUGGCUAUGUCCCUGGGGAGGAUGGGGAGGAUUACGGUGAUGGCGGCGGCGAAGACGAAUGGCAGGACGCAAGAGACGUCCAGCCCGCACCAGCGUCCACAAACGGGCGCACGACCAAUGCUGCCGCGGGUUCGAGACCCUCAUCGAUCCUCAGCCUCAAGAAAGCCAGUCCCCCCGGAGGGGUUUCUGCCGCUCCUGCGGGCGGCGGCGGCGGCGGCGGCGGCGCGGGGGAAGGGUGGGACUGGGACGGCCUCGACGGUGUCGGAGACGACGCGCAACCGCCGCCGCCUAAGCCGCCCUCGCCCACGCUGCCGAAGCGCGUCGUUUCGUUGGGGUUGGGCGGUGGCGGCGGCAGGGGAGGCUCAGGGGCUGGUGCUGGUGCUGCUGGGGGGGCGGCGGCGGGUGACGCCGCGAGCCGGAGAGAAGCCUUGCAGAAGCGACGGGAGGCCCGAAGGGCGCAACGCGAGAGCAGCAAGACGAAAGCGAAACCGGUGGUUGCGGCGAAGAAGCUGAUGGACAUCGCCCCGCCUGACGGCUGGGAAGACUUCUAGAGGCUUCUUCUACAAGCUCCUUUUCUAUUAAUAACUUCUUCUUGAUAACCUUGUGCACCACGUGGAAGCUUCUUCUAGAUAAUAAUAUUUUUUUAUGAUCUGGUGCACCACCGCGGUACAUCACACCUAGCUUCUUCACAGCAGCAAAUUUGUUUUUUUUGCUUCUCUCUGUCGUGUUGGUCCCGAGUUUUCCCGCAAGAAAGUUCGGGUUUUUGAAUUUCGUAUUGUUGUUGUACGUCUGCCCUCCUGCUGUUGCUUGCUUUGAUUUGUAGCGCAAUGCCGACAGGAUAUAUGUGCCAUCGCCGAUUGUUUUUUGCUUCAAGAUGUAAUUUCCACAGGUCCGUUCUGUAGGGUACUGAUACUUCUGUAGGGUACUGGGGUCUCACAGAACUCCUCUGUAAAAUCUCUGUAUGUGCUGGGGUCUCACAGAACUCCUCUGGUACUGGGCGAGUACCGAACGUUCUGUGAAAUCUCUGUAGGGUACUGGGAGAGUACCGAACUUCCUGUAAAAUCUCGGUAGAUACUGGGGAGAGUACCGAACUAUCUGUGA